AUGACUAAUAUACAAAAAACUAUUGAUUUGCCGACAAAUAAAAUUCAAACUAUCAUGAAAAACAAAUUUUACUCAAACUUAUACUUCUGCGCUCGUGAUGACACUCUAUCCUUCUUAAAGUCCAAAAUCACAUUGAAACUUUCUCACAGUGCACUCACAAAGAUGCAGGAACGACAGGGGUUAUGUGGAAGAAUAUAUACAGGAGAACAGGGGUUAACUGCAGAGUGCGAGAGUAUAGAUGACAGCAGUAGUGUUUGCCCCAGUUUGAUCCAAUUCAAUCACGUUUAUUUGAUAACCUCAACAGUUAACUAUGACCCAGUAUUUUUAGUAAUAGUUCUCAUUUCUGGGAAUAAAAGAGUUCUCUCAUUCAACUACACACCAUAA